AUGCAAAAAAGAUUGAACAUGGAUUAUAAUCAUUCGACGAAGCCAGGCGUACACGAAUUCAGAAAACCUUCUGCCACAUAUUUCGAACAAGGCGUUAAAGAAAGACAAACUGAACUGUGUACGACAGCGGACCUGAAUCAUAUCGGAAAUCUGAAACCAAGAAAAACAAAACAAGGUCAUAGAUCACGACUUCCUAACAUAAACGAGAAAAGUGAUACACCGCCGGUGUACUCUAGACAAAGGUUGUCUAGCUUGGACCGAGAAUCGUAUGACAACAUAAGCAAUCCGUACUUCAAUCCUUAUCAGAAAAUCCAAGAUGCAAGAGUUUCAAAAAGCCCACCGAAUGCAAAAAACAUUAAACGCUUUGAAGAAAAAAAACGGAAUAAAAGUGCAAAAGCUAAAGAAAAGAAUCCCAAUUACCAAAUAAAUUCUGGACACAUGGAGAAAGCACAGGUACAUUCAUUUGGAGCAUCACUAACAUUCAACAUGGAAAAAGACUCAAGCCUUAGCAAUCAUUUAAAACGGGAUGAAAUUAAACUCCAUGGAGAGGUUUCUUCAAGACAAAUUAUCCAGAAAAAUGAUCCACCUAUUCAUACAACUGGUGAAUCCAUAGUACAAGGGAGAGAACCACCAAAAGGGCUUCCUAACAUAGGGAACACCUGCUACGCUAAUUCUUUGCUUCAGAAAACAGCAGUUACGACUGCUUUCCGUAACCUACUACAUUCAAUGAAGUCGGUAACUUCUGGAAAGUCUGGACUGAUAGCGACGUUAAUGAACAUUGUUUCGAGCAGAGAACAUGAAUUUCGAAUUGGAUUCCAAAAUGACUGUCACUCGUUUUUGCUUACACUCUUAAGUGAAUUACACGAUGAAAAUCAGGCAAAAGACACAACACUUGUAUUUGAAAUUGAAAUGGUUGAUGAAUUUGCUUUUGAUUCCUGUGAUCAUAAAGAAGUAACAGAUAUUCAGAUUAUGAGAAGUCUAACUCUUCCUUCAGAAUCAUAUAAUGUAGAAGAAGGUUUGAAAACACUGCUUUAUGAGGAAGAAUUUGAUGAAGCAGAUGUCCCUUGUAGAGAAUGUGGGACAGAUGGAUUUUUAUCAAGAAAAGGAAAAACAAGAAAAGCAAUGAGAUUUCGUACAUUGCCCAAAGUUCUCGUACUUCAGCUUGGGUGUUUUAAGGAGAUGAGUUUUGGUGGUCACCUCCACAUUGCAAAAUCUUAUAAAAGUAUCGGCUUUCCUGAAAAACUGAGAGUACCACAAUCGAAUGGAAAUAUUGUGAAUUAUCAUCUAUACGGUGUUGUGAACCAUCAUGGCUCAGUACAUGGUGGUCACUACACAUCAUUUGUAAAACACCUUUUACAUCACAGUGAUGCAGGGGAUUGGUACUAUUGCAAUGACAGCCGUGUAAGACAUUCGACCCUGCAGGAGGCUUUGAAAUCUCAUGACGCAUACCUGCUGUUUUAUACGAUGUGA